GGUAAACGAGGUUGGGAUUCUGCUCAUCCGGCCUUUUCCUGUAAAGAAAUUCUGGACUCUGGACACUCCAAAGGAGACGGGGAGUAUUGGAUCGACCCUGAGAAGAGUGGAAACCCUUUGAAGGUCUAUUGUGACAUGUCAAGAUAUGGUGGAGGUUGGCUUCUGGUGUCAAAUGUUGAGUUCGGAAGUCCCUCUCCUAAGGUGUCAGUUGAGACAUCAUACCGUGGAAUAGGUAAGUCACACAUGGUUCUGCAGAAAAGUGCCAUGAAAGAGCUCAGAAGACACUUGUCCUUCACUCAGCUGAGAUUCCACUGCCGCAAGAAACAGGGACGCACAUUCCACGUGGUCACAGCUUCCAACAGCUCAGGUGAAGCUGUGGUCCGGUACUUCAGCGGUCAGACAGAUGAGCAACCGGACGCCUGUGGUUCGUUUGUGAGAUUGACGUUGGAUGACAAUUCCGAGUUAGCUGGCAUUUGCAAAGAUUGGGGUCGACAAGUAAGUGGAGAGUACUUAGUUGGAAAGUGGGGACAUGGUGAAGAUCAAAACAGGCUAUACCGGUUUCCCGUCUUCAAAAGAAACAAGUAUCACCUUAGGGUCCAACUGCAUAACGUUGACGACCUCAAAAAAAUGGAAUGUGAUGAUGGCACUGGUACCAAUGAUGACACAAACGGCGAUUUCUGGAGAGUCUUUGUUCGUUAG